AUGCCAAAUGCAACACACAUGGAGACCCUAUACGUCCGCUGCGCACGAGGAACCAGCAUGCGUGUCUGGCAGCCAGCGCAACCGGGAAGGAAUGGACCAGGAGAUGGGAAACGGGGGGGGGAAAGAGGCCAAGGCCAGGGGAGGCGGCGACAAGCAAUGACAAGUUGGGUCGAAAGCAGGACAAUGCCAAACCAUGUCGCGAGCGCUGCCGGCCAUCACGCAAUCUGGCGGACGGCGAAUGGCGACUGCGAAUGGCGACUGUGA